CUGCAAGAUUCGAUUUGUGAAUAUUUCUCCAACGUUGAAUGCUGCAUCGAAAAAACGCCUUGCCUUUCCGAGCCACCGUUCAAUUUUGCAUUUGAUAAUCUUGGACGAAAACUUCACUUGUUACCUUCUGGAACUGCUUUACCCAAGGAUUUUCAUCUGAUCGCUUCACUACCAGAAGGUGACGUAAUUAGUGAUCAACAAGCUGCAGAAACGGUUCAUUUGGUGGUUGCUGGAGGUAACGACUGGUGCACACCAAUUCAGCGAGUGUUCAAUAAAACUCAUGAUUCUGCUGCAUGGGCGCUUUUAGUACUUGAAUUGCGAUCUGGAAACGCUCAUUUUGAAAUACUUUCAAGGAACAGUAAGCCAGCCACAAAAUCAAACGAAAGCACAAUAUUGUGGCUAUUACCAAUUUGUAUGGAACCCCCUCAAAAGCCAAGAACUGUUAAAAAGAUCUUAGUUAAGAAGUCCCCUGAAAAGACAACUACAGCAUCUUCUGGAAGCGUUACCAGAGUAACCAAAACACCCAAUGGUACGAAAAUUGUACGUAAAAAGAUCAUAGUAAGAGAUGAGCAUGUCUCUGUAACUGGAACAGAGAAAUCAGAGAGUAUCGGAACGAAGAAAAAAAUAAAUGACAAUAUGAGUAUCAGUGAUAAGAAUGAUAGCGAUAUUAUAAGCAGUAUUGACAAUAACAACACCAGUAACUGUACCAGUAACAAAAGCAAUGAGCACAACGGCAGCAGCACUGAUAAAAAUGCUAAGAGUCGCGAGGUGGCAAAAAAAACUGAACAGAUGAAUACAGAUAGAUCAGGUAUUGAUUCUGGCGUUUCGUUAACCGAUUCGGACAAUGAGAAGUCACAAAAAAAUGAUUUGAGUGCUCUUGAAGAAAGCAAUGAUCGAGAUACGGAUAAAAACGAAUGGGUUACACCAUGUACCACACCUGACCCUGGCUUACAACUGAUCGAAACAGACAAAAAAUAUGACACAAAAGAGAAUGCAGUAGAUAUCUCAACGUCAUUCACAAUUGCACUACCAACCAACGAAACGACGAGUCAUCAAAGAAUGAAUUCUGAAAAUAUUCCUGAGAAAGUUAUGAAGAAUGAUGAAACGAGUACUGCUGAUGAAGAACGAUCGUCCUGCGAAAGUGCACAAAACCGAAGACACAUGAACGCAUGUAUUUCCAGUGAUGAACGAUGCAGUCCAACAUUAAGUUCAACGUCAUCAAGACUCAGUCCACCGUCAGAUGUCAGUGAGAGGGUUAUACCCAAACAGAAACUGGUCAACAACAAUGACAGCAUCGCUACUUUUGGUAAGGAAAUUGAUUCUAAUUUUAGGCGCACAUCAACACUUCACGACAGUCUUCAGAGGAAUGAUCUUUUAAGAACAGAUAUUCAAAUGCCGGUUCAGGUUCUUCAACAAGUGUUGAAAAAAUUAACAUUCAAAGAGUUGGGUGAAUUGCGACGCGUACAUCCACACUGGGAUGAACUGUGUGGUCAGGCAUUGAACAGUGGAUAUUAUGAAAUUGUGAAGAAAGCUGAUAAAAUGCUCACCGAAUGUCAGCGCCGAGUUCGUAAUGAGCGUCAACUGCACAAUGUGCUGGCAUUACUCACUAAUCUUCAAGUUCAUAUUCUCAAUCCAAUCGACAUCCUUCGACCGGCCAUGGAUGAAGGUGUCUGUUGUUUCGUAUAUGGAAAGUUGCUCGAUAAAAUAUUCGCUAUUGUUCUCAACGCUAAACGUAUGAUGAAUGGUGAAUAUGAUCUGGAAGUGGAUUGGAAAUCUGUGGCUGAUCUAGCGCGUGAAGCGCAGAUACACUACAAAACGAAUUUGGAAGCUGUAAUGGAGGAGAAACUGAGCGAUGUGGUUAGAUUGAAGGCAUUACAGAGGAUACAACGAAUCGACAGCUUUAUCGUUGAUUCGACCGUUGUUAAACUUGAAAAUCAUCAGGUCAAAUCAAAUAGUUCUUAUAGAGCAGCGCAUAUGGCACGAGAUGAUCUGGAAUGGGAAAUCGAGCAAUUACGACAGCAGAACUCACAAUUACGAAAGGACAACCGCGACCUGAAAAAAGACUAUAUGCGACUAGAGUCACGCGUUGAGAUGCUCGAGAAUAAAUUCAAGACUAUGGCUCGUUUAUUGCAAUAA